AUGAAGUACAUUAUCGAGCACAUGGAGCAGGAUUUCAGUCAAUGGGUGACUCUUGAAUAUGCGCAGAUCAUCCGAGACAUUGGUGCUGAAAAUUUGAUCCUUUCUUCGCUGCCAGAGGGUACUACAGAGAGCGAAAUCCCAGACAAAUUAUUACAUAUGGGACUUAGGUGGACCACAAAGGAUCUCAAUCAUUUGACAGAGGAGUUUAAGGAUUUGCAACCACUACAGAACGGCAGAGUGUGCUUGCUAGACCCAAGAGCUGAUCAGGACUUACAACCCGCAGAAACUGAACAAUUCGACUAUUUCGUCUUUGGCGGGAUCCUAGGUGAUCACCCACCUAGAGACCGUACUACUGAGAUCAAAGUCGCAUACCCUGAUUUAGUCGUGGGCAGAAGAUUAGGUGACAAACAGAUGACAACGGAUACAGCGAUCAGAACCACCCAACAAAUCAUUGAGAAAGGUAAAAAAUUCCAAGAUAUCCACUUCAUCGACUACCCCGAGUUCAGAUUUAGCAAAAAUGAAGCGACAGAGAUGCCAUUUAGAUACAUCUUGGAUGCUCAAAAUAAUCCAAUCCUUCCCGAAGGUAUGCUCGCUCUAAUCAAGAGAGACUCUGAACAAAGCUUAGACGAUUUACUCUAG